UCAAGGGUGGAAUGAUGUUUUUGGCUGGAAGAAAGUGUAAAAUACAAUUUCCAAAGCACAGCAUAAUGAAGGCAUGUAAAUGCUUUCAGUGUGGAAAGUACUUCAGAUACAAAUCACAGCUCCUUGUGCACCAAAGGAUCCACACGGAGGAGAAACCAUUUGAAUGCUCAGAGUGUGGGAAGAGAUUCAGCCAGAGUAGCAGUCUUCAAAAACAUCUAGGAACCCACACAGGGGAGAAGCCUUUUGAAUGCUCAGAGUGUGAGAAGAGAUUCAAUCACAGUAGCAGUCUUCAGGGUCAUCUAAGAACCCAUACUGGGGAGAAACUGUUCGAAUGCUCAGAGUGUGGGAAGAAAUUUAGCCACAGUGCCCAUCUUCAAAGUCAUCUAAGAACCCACACAGGGGAGAAGCCUUUUGAAUGCUUAGAGUGUGGGAAAAAAUUCAGCCAGAGUAGCUCUCUUCAAACACAUCAAAGGACCCACACAGGGGAGAAGCCUUUUGAAUGCUCAGAGUGUGGAAAGAGAUUCAGCCAUAGUAGCCAUCUCCAAAUUCAUCUACGAACCCAUACAGGGGAUAAGCCUUUUGAAUGCUCAGAAUGUGGGAAGAGAUUCAGUCACAGUGGCAGUCUUCAGAAUCAUCAAGGAAUCCACGCAGGGGAGAAGCCUUUUGAAUGCUCAGAGUGUGGUAAGAGAUUCAGGCAGAGUAGUGUUCUUCAAAAGCAUCAAAGAAUCCACACAGGGGAGAAGCCUUUUGAAUGCUCAGAGUGUGGGAAGAGAUUCAGCCGCAGUGGCCAUCUUCAGAAGCAUCUUCGAACCCACACAGGGGAGAAGCCUUUUGAAUGCUCAGAAUGUGGGGAGAGAUUCAGCCGCAGUGGCCAUCUUCAAAUACAUCUAAGAACACACACAGGGGAGAAGCCAUUUGAAUGCUCAGAGUGUGGGAAGAGAUUCAGCCAGAUUAGCACUCUUCAAACGCAUCGAAGAACCCACUCAGGAAAGAAGCCCUUUGAAUGCUCAGAGUGCGGGAAGAGAUUCAGCCAGAGUAGCUCUCUUCAAACACAUCAAAGGACCCACACAGGGGAGAAGCCUUUUGAAUGCUCAGAGUGUGGGAAGAGAUUCAGUCACAGUGGCAAUCUACAAACGCAUCUUCGAACCCACACAGGGGAGAAGCCUUUUGAAUGCUCAGAGUGUGGUAAGAGAUUCAGCCGCAGUGGCCAUCUUCAAAUACAUCAAAGGACCCACACAGGGGAGAAGCCUUUUGAAUGCUCAGAGUGUGGAAAGAGAUUCAGCCAUAGUAGCCAUCUCCAAAUUCAUCUACGAACCCAUACAGGGGAUAAGCCUUUUGAAUGCUCAGAAUGUGGGAAGAGAUUCAGUCACAGUGGCAAUCUACAAACGCAUCAAAGAACCCACACAGGGGAGAAGCCUUUUGAAUGCUCAGAGUGUGGUAAGAGAUUCAGCCGCAGUGGCCAUCUUCAAAUACAUCUAAGAACCCACUCAGGAAAGAAGCCCUUUGAAUGCUCAGAGUGUGGGAAAAAAUUCAGCCAUUGUAGCUCUCUUCAAACACAUCAAAGGACCCACACAGGGGAGAAGCCUUUUGAAUGCUCAGAGUGUGGAAAGAGAUUCAGCCAUAGUAGCCAUCUCCAAAUUCAUCUACGAACCCAUACAGGGGAGAAGCCUUUUGAAUGCUCAGAGUGUGGGAAGAGAUUCAGCCAGAAUGGUGAUCUUCAGAAGCAUCUUCGAACCCACACAGGGGAGAAGCCUUUUGAAUGCUCGGAGUGUGGUAAGAGAUUCAGCCGCAGUGGCCAUCUUCAAAUACAUCAAAGGACCCACACAGGAGAGAAGCCUUUUGAAUGCUCAGAGUGUGGAAAGAGAUUCAGCCAUAGUAGCCAUCUCCAAAUUCAUCUACGAACCCAUACAGGGGAUAAGCCUUUUGAAUGCUCAGAGUGUGGGAAGAGAUUCAGCCGCAGUGGCACUCUUCAAAUACAUCUAAGAACCCACACAGGGGAGAAGCCUUUUGAAUGCUCAGAGUGUGGGGAGAGAUUCAAUCACAGUAGCAGUCUUCAGGGUCAUCUAAGAACCCAUACUGGGGAGAAACUGUUCGAAUGCUCAGAGUGUGGGAAGAAAUUUAGCCACAGUGCCCAUCUUCAAAGUCAUCUAAGAACCCACACAGGGGAGAAGCCUUUUGAAUGCUUAGAGUGUGGGAAGAGAUUCAGCCGGAGUGGCAAUCUACAAACGCAUCAAAGAACCCACACAGGGGAGAAGCCUUUUGAAUGCUCAGAGUGUGGAAAGAGAUUCAGCCAUAGUAGCCAUCUCCAAAUUCAUCUACGAACCCAUACAGGGGAGAAGCCUUUUGAAUGCUCAGAGUGUGGGAAGAGAUUCAGCCAGAAUGGUGAUCUUCAGAAGCAUCUUCGAACCCACACAGGGGAGAAGCCUUUUGAAUGCUCAGAGUGUGGUAAGAGAUUCAGGCAGAAUAGUGUUCUUCAAAAGCAUCAAAGAAUCCACACAGGGGAGAAGCCUUUUGAAUGCUCAGAGUGUGGGAAGAGAUUCAGACAGAGUGGUGAUCUUCAGAAGCAUCUUCGAACCCACACAGGGGAGAAGCCUUUUGAAUGCUCAGAGUGUGGGAAGAGAUUCAGGCAGAAUAGUGUUCUUCAAAAGCAUCAAAGAAUCCACACAGGGGAGAAGCCUUUUGAAUGCUAA